AUGGUAAAGCUGAAGCUGCCCAAUCCUGGCCUGGAGGACAGGAUACCCUCCCAUGCUGAACUUGAGGUCCUGGAGAAAGAAGAGGCAGACUCCAGACCAAAAUGGGACAACAAAGCACAAUACAUGCUGACCUGUGUAGGGUUUUGUGUGGGCUUGGGAAAUGUCUGGAGGUUCCCCUAUCUCUGUCAGAGCCAUGGAGGAGGAGCCUUCAUGAUCCCUUUCCUGAUUUUGCUGGUCCUGGAGGGUAUCCCCCUGCUGCAUCUUGAGUUUGCCAUUGGUCAAAGGCUGAGGAAAGGCAGUGUGGGUGUAUGGAGCUCUAUCCACCCUACCCUGAAAGGGGUUGGCAUAGCAUCAAUGUUUGUAUCUUUCCUGGUGGGUUUAUACUAUAAUACUAUUAUUGCCUGGGUGAUGUGGUAUUUCUUCAACUCCUUCCAAGAACCCCUGCCAUGGAGUAACUGUCCUCUCAACGACAACAGAACAGAUUAUAUAGAAGAGUGUUCCAAGAGCUCUCCUGUAGAUUACUUCUGGUACAGAGAAACACUGAACAUCUCCACUUCCAUUGAGGAUUCUGGCAGCAUCCAGUGGUGGCUGUUGCUGUGUUUAACAUGUGCAUGGGGUGUGCUCUACGUGUGCACAAUCAGAGGCAUUGAAACCACAGGAAAGGCUGUGUAUGUGACAUCAACUCUCCCGUACGUGGUGCUCACCAUUUUCCUGAUCCGCGGCUUGACACUGAAGGGAUCAACCAACGGAAUUGUGUAUCUCUUCACCCCUAAUGUCAGUGAGCUGGCGAACCCAGUGACAUGGCUGGAUGCAGGAGCUCAGGUGUUCUACUCCUUCUCCCUGGCCUUUGGAGGCCUCAUUUCAUUCUCCAGUUACAACUCUGUUCACAACAACUGUGAGAAAGAUGCUGUGAUCGUUUCAGUGAUCAAUGGUUUCACAUCCAUCUAUGCUGCCACUGUCAUAUACUCCAUCAUUGGGUUCAGAGCCACAGCAAGAUAUGACGACUGCUUUGACAAGAAUAUUCUUACUCUGAUGAAUGCAUUCGAUUUGCCAGAAGGUAACGUAACCCAAGAUAACUUUGAACAAAUGCAGCAGCUGUGCAACUUGACUGAUCCAGAUACUUUUGCAACCCUCAAGUUUGAAACCUGUGAUCUGGAAACUUUCCUGAAUGAUGGAGCUGAAGGAACUGGCCUAGCCUUUAUUGUCUUCACUGAAGCAAUCACCAAAAUGCCUGUCUCACCUUUGUGGUCCAUCCUCUUCUUCAUCAUGCUCUUCUGCUUGGGUUUGUCAUCUAUGUUUGGGAAUAUGGAAGGUGUGCUUGUGCCUUUACAAGAUCUCAAGAUUAUAUCCCCCAGAGUGCCUAAGGAACUUAUUACUGGUCUCGUUUGUUUGGUGUGUUAUUUGAUAGCUUUCAUUUUUGUGCUGAAUUCUGGUAAUUACUGGCUGAGUCUAUUUGAUGGUUAUGCUGGCUCUAUUCCCCUGCUGAUAAUUGCAUUUUGUGAGAUGUUUUCAGUCGUCUACAUUUAUGGAAUAGACAGGUUUAACAAGGAUAUUGAGUUCAUGACUGGACACAAGCCCAACAUUUUCUGGCAGGUUACUUGGAGACUCGUCAGUCCUCUCAUUAUGUUAGUUAUCUUUUUCUUUUAUUUUGUGGUGAAAGUCAACCAAGAACUGCUCUACAGUGUUUGGGACCCUAACUAUGAGGAGUUCCCCAAAACAGAGAAGGUUGAAUAUCCCCCCUGGGUGUAUGCUAUCAUUGUAAUCCUUGCUGGAGUGCCCAGUUUGACCAUCCCUACCUUUGCCAUCUACAAAGCCAUCAGGAGCCACUGUCAGAAAAAAAAUGAUCGUGCUGGCCUCAUCGCUACAUCUGAGACUUCCAUUAAUGGAAACUUAAAGUAUACAUCAUAA